AUGGCGCUCAAAUUCAGAAUUUUUGCACUUGUGGCGGUGCUAGUUCUCAUGGCAUGGAUGUUCACUGGGACUCAAGCCCAAGUCACUUUCUCUCGUGACUGGAAUCCGGGCAAAAGGACCGAAAAUACGGAUUUGCAUAACACUUUGAAGACGGCGUCUGCUGUGUGUCACCUGCUUAUGAACCAAGUCCGACAGUUGGCAUCUUGUGACAACAACAACGAACUAGAACCAGGAGCAACUAUUUUCAGUGGCCGACGAUAA